CUAUUAUAAUAAUUGCGCGGGCAGACGACUGACGAGUGACGGCGUGGCGCAGGAAGCGGACACAAUAUGGCUAAAUUGUCUAAAUCAAAUGUGUAAUUUAUCAUGGUCGGACUCGAGACAGUUUGUAGUCCGCCAAAAUUUUACAAGUUACAGCACUACAGCCGAGUACAACGAGUUAUGAAUACGGCUACAAACAACAGCUUAUACAACAGCAUCAUUCAGUAGAGUAGUGGCCACUGCCACCGAUUAGUCGGCACUCGGCGUGCGCGGUGUUUGUAAUCUGUAAUCACUCGAUACUCGUCACUCUUGUUCUUCGUCAGUUCGUCGUAAACCGUUGUCCUGUCCUGGUGUCCUGUACGUGGUCGGUUGAGGAAUUUACGCAAACACAAAGUGCUGACUUGUGUUAUGAUCAAUAAUGGAAUACAAUUGGCCAAAUAACUAAUGUAUAAUUUAAAACAUAAUAUUAUUUUAAUACUAUCAUGACUGAACUUUUAAAAAUUAAAAGGAGAAAAAUGGCUUCCAACAAAGAUGGUGAUGAAAAUGAAGCUGUAACUAAUUUUCGCGAAUAUUUACGUAUCCCCACCGUUCAUCCUGAUGUUGACUAUAGUAAAUGUGUUGAAUUUCUAUUGCGUCAAGCACAAAGCUUAAAUCUUCCAUCAAAUAUUUAUUAUAUGGCCCCUGGAAAACCAAUAGUAGUUAUAACAUGGCUUGGACAAAAACCAGAACUUCCUUCUAUACUACUUAACUCUCAUACAGAUGUCGUUCCAGUAUAUCCUGAAUGUUGGACUUAUGAUCCAUUUUCUGCACACAAAGAUAAAAACGGAAACAUUUAUGCCAGAGGAUCACAAGAUAUGAAAUGUGUUGGAAUACAAUACAUAGAAACAAUACGAAAAUAUAUAAAAGAAAAAUUAGUUUUUGAUAGAACUAUACAUAUGUCAUUUGUGCCUGAUGAAGAAAUAGGUGGACAUUUGGGAAUGAAAUUGUUUGUUGGAUCACCUGAAUUUGCAUCAUUGAAUGUUGGUUUUGCAUUAGAUGAAGGAUUAGCUAGUAGCGAUGACAGUUUCAGCGUAUACUAUGGAGAGCGGACUUUAUGGCAUCUUCAAAUAAAAUGUUCUGGUACACCUGGACAUGGUUCGUUAAUACAUGAAAAUACAGCUGGAGAAAAGUUACAAUAUAUCAUAAACAAAUUUAUGAAUUGGAGGGAGCAUGAAAAAUUAAGGAUGAAAACUUGUAAAUUGAAUGCUGGAGAUGUUACAUCAAUAAAUUUAACAAUGUUAAGUGGAGGAUGUCAAGUAAAUGUGGUGCCACCAGAGUUGUCAGUUAGUUUUGAUGUACGAUUGAGUAUUGCUGUAGAUACUACAACAAUAGAAAACACUGUUAGAAAAUGGUGUGAGGAAGCUGGUGAAGGUGUAACUUUGGAAUUCAUCAAUAAAAGCGCAUUCAUUCAGCCCACACUACUCGGACCAGAAAACCCAUGGUGGGUUACAUUUAAAAAUGAAUGUGAUAAAAUGAAUUUAAAAACAAAAACAUAUGUAUUUCCUGGUGCAACAGAUAGUAGAUAUAUUAGAGAGGUUGGUAUUCCAGCUUUAGGAUUUUCGCCAAUAAAUAAUACUCCUAUUCUUUUGCACGAUCAUGAUGAAUUUUUGAAUGAGAAGACAUUCCUGGAUGGCAUAGAUAUUUAUUAUAAUAUUAUUAAGAGUCUUGCAUCUGUUUAAAUUACAACUAUUUAUUUUAUCUUAAUAUGUUAAUUAAUUUUAAUGAUGGAAAUUAUUAUAUUUGUUAUUAAUUCUAAGAAUAUUAUACUUCUUAUUUUACUUUAUACAAAAAAAAAAAAAAUACCAACACAAAUUGAAUAUUAAUUUUAAUGACAUGAAUACUUUUGUUCCAAAUGUGAUAUAUUUAAAUAAUAUUUAAGGAAUAUAUCAAUUUUAAACAUUAUUUUUAAUUAGUAUGUAAUGUUAUGUUUUAAUAAAUUGUUGUAUUAUUUAUUCAAAAUAUAUUAAACGUUAAUGACUAA